AUGGAGAACCCUCACGAACAAGUGCAGGCCAAUAUACUGUCGCGCAUAAUUGGUAAUGUUAAGAGGCUCAACGAGAGUGUGGCGAUCCUGAACCAGGAGCUUGUGACCAUCAAUAAUCGGAACAAGAAUUUGGAGAUUAUGGGUGCGAUUUGUGACAACUACCACAGCAGCGUUCAGUUCAACCUGGAGGCCACCAACAACAAAAAACCGCCUUUAUAG